AUGGAUGCCACCGCGGCGGACAGGCACGAGGCUUCACCAGUGGCAAGAGACGGCGAGUCCACGACGUCCGUGCCGGAGGUGCCGCGAGCGCCAUUGUCCGACUUGCUUGUCGCCGGCGGCAGCGGCACGCCCGAGGAGAGCGGCAGCGGCGAGGACGAGCAGGUGGAGAGGUUCUACGCGCUGCUCGCCAACAUCCGGGCACUGAGGGACGUUUACGGCGCCGGCGGGUCGUCGAGGAAGCGGGCCAGGGGGGCGGAGCCGCCGUUGUGGAAGCCAAAGUUCAGGAUGGAGGACUUCCGGGAGGCGGACGACGUGGUGCCCGCGAAGAAGGGGAGGAGCGAUCGCGUCGAGCGGCAGCGGCUGGAGAACAGCGACGCGGCGGAGGCCGACGGGGAGGACGGCGAGGUCGUGGAAGAGAAUGAUCGGGUCUCCGCGUCGCAGACCACGUGUGUGCUGACUGCCGAGCAGCCAGCCUAG